UUUACUGAUUAUUGCUUAAUACAUCAUGUAUUGCCCGGACAUUACAGUCUAGACUAGAGAGGAUAUUUUCCUAAAGUUAUAGUUGAGUUGGACGUGUUACAUUUUCUACACAUUGAUAUCCAAUAAUUGACAUAAAUGUUGUCUAAGAAGCUAGACCGACAUCUCAUAUUUGCUAUGGGAUUGCUCGUAGCUCUGAUAAGCAAUGUGGAAUCGGCAAAUGUUCUUCUCUCCGGUGCCUUCGGGGAUGGCAGCCAUUAUUUUACGAUGGCUGCUAUCGGUAAGACACUGGUGAACAGAGGUCAUAAUGUGACUUUCCUCAUUUCAGACGAGUACUCCAACCGCGCAACUGACCCCGAACACGCUACGAUCUUCAACUUUCAAAUGUUUCAUCUUCCCGGUUUGAAGAAAAGAAUGGAUCACAUCUUUGACCAAACAGCGGAAAUGGCAUUCGCAGAAGACUGGACGAUAAAACGUAUGUCGGAGUUGAGGGAUACGUUCAUUUCUGUGAAUAGGGAUGCCUGUGAAUCGAUUCUAAACGAUCAACGAUUGAUGGACGAUUUGGCACAAUUCGAUGCUAUCGUCGUCGAUGUGAUAUGGAUGUGUGGUUUGUAUGCCAAGUCCUUUCUUGAAAGACAUAGAGGUAUCGAGAACAUUCGUACCACUGUACUAGCACCCAUGACGCCCCUUCCCUACAUUUUCCAAGAAGCAGGUUCACCGUUUAUAACCUCUUACCAACCAGCUCCUCUGACGUCACUCACAUCAGAUAUGACAUUUUUACAGAGAUUCCGAAAUACCAUGACCUACAUAUUUUUCGCGGUUUGGGGGAAUAACUGGGCGGUCACUGGAUUUGCAUCUGACUUUGUGGAGAAGUAUGAUCUAGAUCCUCGGUUGGAAUCCAGUAUUAGUAAUCAUGUUGAUCUUUAUCUCAUAAAUAUAUAUUUCUCAGUAGAAUUUUCUUUUGCAUUGAUGCCGAAUGUUAUCCCAGUGGGUGGACUCACAACAAGACCAGCCAAUGCCCUUAAUAAAGAGUUAGAAAGCUUCAUGCAAUCGUCCGGCGAGCAAGGAGUUAUCCUGUUUUCCCUCGGGACGUAUGUCGGCUCAUUAACAAAGACUCGACCUGAUAUUAUUCGAAUGUUUAUCAACGCUUUCAGUAGACUCCAACAUAAAGUUCUCAUUCAGUUAAAAGAGCUUCCUGCCUACAAUAUGCCUGAUAACAUCAAAGUGAUGGAAUGGUUGCCUCUAAAUGAUUUGCUCGGGCAUCCCAAGACUCGUGCAAUUCUGUACCAUGGAGGCAACAACGGGUUCCUUGAGGCGUUAUACCACGGUAAACCCAUAAUCGUCAUGCCUCUGCAAGCCGAUCAGCAUGACGUUGCAGCCAGAGUGAUUGCCAAUGGACUUGGUAACAGAAUUGAUAAAGACCGACUAACCGAGGAUUACAUCUACCAACAAGUCUCCGAAGUCCUUGUGAAUCCCAACUAUUCGGCCAACGCAAAACGUCUUUCUGCCAUAUUUCGUCAUCGUCUGACGACACCAGCGAGCACGGCAGCAUUCUGGAUUGAACACGUGAUCCAACAUGGCAGUGCUCACAUUCGUCCACCUACUCAAAACUUGAAUUUUAUCCAGUUAUACCUCCUUGAUAUCGCGGUAUUCGUUGUAUUUCUUCUUUUGAUCAUAUUCUUUGUAGUAAAAAGGGUCUUGAGAUGGUGUUGCUGUCUGAACAAAUUACGGAAGAGUAAACGCGAGUGAGAAGGGUUUUAAUGCCUAUUACGUUUUUGCGAGGAUAGAUUAUUUUAUGAAUUUAGGGGAAUAAGAUUUUAAUUAAGGACGUUCUACAGUUAUGUUUGUGCGCAUUAUGAUCUGCGCAUAGUGUACACUCUGCGCGCUGACGUCACAAUGGAUGAACAGGUGAUUAAUUAGUUUGAAUAAAAUGGCAAGUGUUUUUGAUUUUUUCUUGACAUAGAUACAAAGCAUUCGGCGCAUUUUUGUGUGUUUUAAAAAGCAUAUUUGCUCUAAUAAAAAUGCUGAUAGUUUAAAAACAAGCACAUGAACCCCUAUUUUUUAAUGUUUGUACCUCUUAGGUAUACCUUCCUCUACAACUCUGCAAAUUUUGGUGAAAAUGACAUGGAUUUUGAAUAAAGUGCAGCAUUUAUUGUACUUUUGUAGUUUGUUACUGAAAUUUCACAUUUUUUAGAUUGGGAUUUUGUUAUCUUUUACGCCAUUUUUAAGAACUGACAGUGCUGUUAAACUUAAAAUUGCAAACAAAUAGCGCUAUAAAUAGAUUCUCCAUUCUAACGAUACAAUCAUUAACUCUCUUGCGAAAUUUGAUGACCUUUUCAUGUAUUUUGACUGAGUAAUAAGGUUUAAACUCAUUGGGCGGUCUAAAAAUGCCGAAUUCUUUUGAAUGCGCAAUUCUUAAGAACAUCAAAUUGUGUGAACUCUGAAGCUCUAUAGCAAAAAAUCAAGCACAUGGACCUAUGUUGAUUUUUGCAUAUUUCGAAUAUUCGGGUUCUAAAGUAUCUAUGUGCAAAGUUUGGUGAAAAUGACAUGGAUUUCACUUUAACUGUGGAACGUUCUUAAAUUUUAUCUACACUAUUAUGGCCAUUGUAUUACGAUUUCAUGGUUGGACAUCGUAGAGUGAAAAGGCCGGCAGAAGACAAAGGCAGAUAUCAUGUGGAGAUCAGAUAGACCCACUGAUUCCACCAAGAGGUGUUUGAGGGAUGCGAUCUUAUUCUUACAACUCCUUAAUCUUACGAUUUUGUAAUGUGCAUUUACAUGUAAACUCCUCAAAAAAGUUUGGAAAUCUGACUUUCAUCAAUAAUCCCUCCUCGAUUUCAGUGAAUAUCAAUGUGUAAUGAUUGAUACCAAUAAAUAGAUCAUUGAAUUAUCUUUAAGAUGAUACCAUACAUUAUGAUUAUGGUUCACAUGGAGGUGAAGUGGCUUGAAAUGUGGGGGCAAUGUCAAAAUUCCAUAGUUGCAAAAUGACACAACACUGAAAGUCACUAUUCUUUUUUUUCCUGGUGAUGAGCGAGUUUCUCAGCAGUUUUUUUUUUGUUUUCAUGCGCCUUUAAAACCCCCGUCACACUAGAGGCGGAAUGAGCCGGAAUGCUGUCGGAAUAAAAAUUCUUGGUACAUUCCUGAAUAUUCGAAGCGCAUUCUUAAAAUUCUGACUGCAUUCUGAGUGCAUUCCAGACAUUCGGGUCCAUUCUUGUGACCGGCCCGAAUGUUUUGCUCAUGUUCAAAACUUUCGAAGUGCAUUCGAAGUGGAGAAAUAUCGAUCAACGACAUUCGAAGUGCAUUCUGACUUCUCUCUGACUGCAUUCUAAAUAUUCUUGCUGCAUUCUAACACCAUUCUUAAUUUUCUUCCUGCAUGUGUUCCGACUGUAUUCGAGCUGCAUUCGACAGUCAAUACACCCGGAAUAUGCAAGAAUCAUUCAAGGCCGGAUCGAAGGACGUUCUAAGUAUUCGAACGACAUUUUUUGCAAAAGUAGUGAAAAUUUCAAAUUCCCUCCCGAAUGUGGCACGAAUUUUGAAAGUUCUUAAUUCCGGCUGGUUCUGCUCGAUUCCUGCUGAUUCCGAAUUAGUGUGACGGGGGUAUAAAAGAUCAACAUUAACAUGGAAUCAAACACACCUCUGCACAGCAAACACAUAACAAACAAAACAUCAAAAAUGCAAGCAGGGGCUUGAUUUGAAUGGAUUUUCAUCUCUAAUAAAAGAAUCGUGUUCUUUAUUGACCCUUCAUGACUAUUUCUGAUCGUUUUGCCGCUUUUCAAUUCAGUCCUUGUCCAACACUUUCGAAUCCUGCUCUUUUCGUGAUGGCAUGAUCAUAAAAAGCAUGGUAUCAUUUUAAAGAGAACUAAAUGAUCUUUUGAAUGAUUUCAAAUAUGCAUUGUGUAAUAUUGGGAGUUGGGAGAAAUUAAUGGCCAAACUUUUUAAGGGGGUUAUUUUCUGAUCUAGGAGUGGCUGGCCACUGAAAUUUUGAUGCAUUAUGCACCUUUUUUCAAUCUGCUUUCACUUUUGCGUAGGAGUGGUACGCGGGCCGAAAGAUGAUUGAAUUGUGAUUUUCAGAAAUUGUGACCUUUCUUUGGAAUGACCCAGUAUGUUUCGCAAAACUGUUAAUAAACCAAACGAAUCUCAC